AUGAGUUGGAAAGCCUGUUCGCAUGUGCGAACGCGAUGGCUAAGCUCUGGCUCAGUUGCGAACCAAAGUAUCUUAGGGGCGAGCGUGCAGCACUAUGUCACCGAUCCAGUCAAAUUGAUAGCUAUUCCUAUAACCACCCACAAGCUGUUUGUAUAUCAUAAACACAUGCCUAGGGUCCUAAAUGUGGGCUCAAGGCUGGUGAAAUACGAGGCCAGGGCUCUGCAAAAAGCUGCCAAGAUAUGGGCAAAGCUGGAGAAAUCGCAGGGCAAGCUUAACCAAAAGGUUGUCGGGUUCGUCAACUUGAUGCUGGACAAAACACCGUGGACGGAGGACUCGCUCAAUACCAUACCGUCUGAAAACUACAUUAUGAAACGGGUCAAGGAAAACGAGGACGAACGGCUGCUGACGCUGGAGGAAUGGCUCAAGGAUGCUAGCACCUUAAACGUUAGGCCAAUUCACCUGUACUACCCGGAAAGCGUUUGCUCUCCAGAUACGGUUCGCCAGCAAUUGCAGUCGCUGUGGAUGCAGGGGCUGCAGUACCACAAAAAACAGACUUGGUUGAGCCUUCUCGGUAUACCCUUGACCUUGCCACUGGUGCUGGUGCCCGUGGUGCCAAACGUGCCAGGGUUUUACCUCCUGUACAGAGCAUACCGGAAUUUCAAGGCGUACUGCGGGGCCAAGCAUUUGAAAUCACUGGUGGAGCAUAAGAGCCACAAACUGUUGUAUACAAACCUGCCACAGUACUCGGAUUUGCUAGCUCAGCGGAGCACAGGUGGUGCUGCAGAGCGUCUGGUGCUGACCGAAAAUGACCUGGAGAGGGUACUGGACACCUUGGAAAUCCACGAAAUGCGCAGCUCCUUGCGCAAGGCACUACAGCAGGAGCGCCGGAGACUCGAGGGCCCGUCAGAAGAGCGUAAUGAGACAACCUAG